CAAAAGCAAAAUCAAAAGCAUCCAUUUUUAUUGGCAAAGUCAUCCUCAACAUGUAUUGAAAUAGUACAUACUUAUUUUCAUAGCUUUUAUGACCCCAUAUUGGUUAGAAAAGAGCAAGAGGUUUUCGUGUGUUAGAUAUUCACAGUGAUAUUGACCAACUGUCAACAUGCAGGAACAGAAAAACAAUUAGCAACAAUGCUUCAACCUUGACAUUUUGACUUAAAACAAAAGAUCAUCAUGAUCAUUAGAGUGAAAAUGAGGAUAAUAGUUUUCACCAUGCUAAUGUUGGGAGUGAGCGCACAAGAUGGAGGAGAAACGAAGGAUGAAUACACUGGUCCGUGUAACGAAGUCCUAACGUAUAGUAGAAGAGACUGCGCAGAUUCAUACGACACGUUGACAGAAAAGGGAGCUUAUUCCGGCUUGAGUAUCCAGCAGUAUACAUGGCAGUGUGACCACAUGUACCAGUGGUUGGAAAACGGCGCCAACAAGACAGGCAAUGGCGUUGAUAUCUCAGAUGCUCAAAGAGAAUGGCUGUACGAAAUCAUGGCAACCAUAACCACUACACAAAGCGACACUCAGAGACCCGGUACAAGGAAAGAAUAUAGGGUAGCAACUCAGGCAGAACGGGACAAUUUUCACGCAGCUAUCAACAUGCUAAAAGGGGAUACGAUUGCAGGUCCAUUUGGAACGACAAACAAAUACGACACGCUUGUGUCAUUUCACCUUGGAUCUGUAGCUUUAGGUGCACAUGGUGGAGCUGCCUUUCUGACAUGGCACAGAAUAUAUCUACUUAUGUUUGAAAUUGCCCUGCAACAGAAGAUUUCGUCUGUUAUGUUGUUGUAUUGGGACUCUACCCUCGAACAAGGCCUUGCUGACCCUAAUUGGUCAAGUCUAUGGAGUGAGCACUUCCUCGGAAACGGAGAUGGCGAUGUGGUGACUGGGCCAUUUGCCAACUGGGAUUCUACAGAUGGUAGAAAACUGUGGCGUGCUGUCAAUAAAUGCCCAAAUCAGCUCACUACCCCCGCUGAUAUUUCGGCGAUUUUGUCCCGUGAAUUUUUUGGCCAGAUCGGGUGUGGAAGUACUGCGUGUAUGCUUGCAGAACAGAUUCAUGGAAAGGCGCAUUCAUACGUCGGUGGACAGAUGGGAGAUGUUAACUUUUCGCCGAAUGAUCCCGUUUUCAUUAUGCACCAUGCGUUCAUGGAUUGCAUCUGGGAAGAGUUUCGACAAUCAAGCCAGUCUUCGAUUAUUGCGACUGAAUAUCCAACUGACUUUGGAUCGCCUGCUCACGCUCCAAACGCGUUCAUGCAACCGUUCAGCAGUUUAGGGCCCGGUCCAAUACCUAAUAUUUUUGGUCUGAAUCCAAUUAUAACCUCUUUGUUCUAUCAAUGCGGACCACGACCAGAAUGUCCAGAUUGCGGCAAUUCUUCUUCUCUGUACUGCGAUACUUCUGACAAUCGUUGUAAACCCUUUACAAUGGAGGGAAAAGACUGUGAUAAAGACUGCGCAUUUGUCAAUGCUAAGAUAUACUGUGAAGUUAAUGACAUUUAUGGCCAACAAUACUACGGAGUCAACGGGGUUUAUCUUGAAACAUAUGGCGUCAGUUACGAGGGCCGUCGUCAAGAGUAUUAUUUUGGUGACUAUGAUGCUUAUUACAACAUACCCCAAUCUCCAAAUCCUUCCGAGUAUCGCCCUUGUUACAAUGGCUACUUUCCAACCAAACGGCCAGAAGCAGGAGGGCGCCAAACUUACCGCCCACUGGCUUACACCACUGACGGACGUCCGUGCAGAACUGAGUGUUUCCAAGGUUACAGAAGUGGCCCAGGUCGUGUCCCAAUAUAUGGUCCAUGUUCUGAAGACAUCUUCAUUGAAGAUUAUGCAGCAGGUCAAGGGGAAAAUGGGAAAAGGAAAGCAAAACGAAGAGGCAAAGGGAAAGGCAAAGGCAAAGGAAAGGGUAAUGUGGAUCAGACAUACGAAAUCCCUUAUGAGGUGGACCUCGAUGGGUUAUACUACACGACAGGUGGAGACUACGCACCUCCCAAGCCUCCUACAUACCCCGAGUACUUCCAGGUCACGUGUCCAUGUGAUGUACAGGAGUAUAAGUACUGUCCAGAUUACAUACCAGGGGUAUACAAAGAUGAUACGCAACCUUAGGCAGAAAUAAUUCAAACUUAGAAAUGUCAUUGAAUGAAAUAAAACUUUGAAAGUUAA